CACUCCAGAAGUAAAAUGAUUCAUACAUUGACAAUAAUCUUUGUCUUUCAGGGUAUUAUGUUGGUGUACGACAUUACUCAGGAGAAAACAUUUGAUAACAUCUCCAAAUGGCUGAGGAACAUUGAGGAGCAUGCAAAUGAAGAUGUAGAAAAGAUGAUUCUUGGUAACAAGUGUGAUAUGGAUGAUAGAAGAGUUGUCAGCAAAGAACGAGGGGAACAGAUUGCCAAAGAGCAUGGCAUUCGCUUCUUGGAGACGAGCGCCAAAACCAACAUCAACAUAGAACAGGCAUUUUACAACCUAGCCGAAGAUAUUCUAAAGAAACAAUUGAGCAAGGACAACGAGGAAACUUCUCAAAACAUUCACGUUAGCAAUACACAAGAGAAGAAGGGCGGUUGCUGUUAAAGAAAGUCUAGCAGCAGUUAUAUUUUUGUUUAAUAAUUCACUAGAAUGUACAGUCAAUCCAAGUGAAUAAGCGAGGGAGUCAAUCCUCUAAACAAAUGUAUUUAGCGUCUGCGUUUGACUUGGUAGGGAGGAUGGACUUUGUCACCUUCCUCAGGUGGAAGAUUUUAGAUGUUGAAAUAGUGUGUUGCUGUCUUUGUAAAGAGUGGCCAAAAGGCCACUGGCAUACCUGUGGGGUAGUAGAAAUGGGAAACAACCAAACAGAUAAC